AUGUUAACACAUAAUGACAUCGAUGAAGACGGAAAUGAUGGCGAUGAUUAUGAUGAUAAUAAUAAUGAUGGUGUUGAUGCUGAAAGUGACAAUGGCAAUGUAAUAGUAUCGCGUGAUUCAAACCUACGUGAAACAAAAUUGGGAACAAUGAAGUCAUUAGUUAAAACAAAACUAUUUAAUAAACGUAUUUCAAAUCGUAUCCAUACUACUAAAAAUCGUAAAUACAUCCCAAAAUCCAUGUCAUCCUAUCGUGAUGAUGGUAAUGACGAUGAUGAUGAUGAUGUCCUUGAAGAGGUUCAACUUGUCUGA